AUGAUCGCUGUGCGACCGUUGCCAGCCAAAAACAAAGAGCCCAUUCCUUGCAUUUAUCCCUCCGAUUUGACGACGCACGAUCACCUACGCCUCGAGACAGAUCCCGCUGCCGGGUGCAAGACGCAGUCCCGGAGCCACCCUUGCAGCCCUGGUGGAGGAGCAGGUGACAGGACGGCGAAGAAGAAGAAGGAGAAGAAGAAGGAGAAGAAGAAGCAGAAGAAGAAGAAGGAGAAGAAGAAGAAGAAGAAGAAGAAGAAAAUGGAUGACUGGGAGUGGGGAAAUCUUCGAAAGGGUGGACUCGCGCUUAUCGCUCCAUUGAAAGCUUAG